AUGCUGGAUUCAACGGAGGAAACGGAAAAGACGAAACAUCGAAGACGUUUUCAUUUCAAAACCCGGGGGCUGUGGAAAGAACGGGAAGUUUGCUUUUCCACCACUUCAUCCACUUUUCGCUGCUUUGCGGGACCAGAAGACCACCGGCCUGCGACCUGUCGAGUUUCCACUCUGUACCCCGCCGUUCACCCAGCUGUUUGCAGCUGGCAAGGAGCACCCGCCCUGUUCGGGAGAGAGGGACGCGCAGCGAGCGGAGGGGGAGAGAGAGCGAUGCCACCCCAAGCGUCCGCGCCGCAGGUGGGGAGGGACAUCCUCAAGUUCCUCCGGAGCGUCCUGGGAGUCCUCCGGGUGCUGCAGAUCGCGUUCGGCGCCGGGCUGUGGGUCACCAUCGCCGCCAACAAAUACGAGGGCUCCAUCCACUUCGUCCUGUUCGUCGCGGUCCUCUUCUGGCUCCUCACGCUCGCCCUCUUCUUCCUCACCCUGCUGGACAAGCAGGACCUCGUCCCGCUGCUGGGGGGCGAGCGCUGGCUGUCCACCAACCUGGCGCACGACGUGGCCGCCGCCGCGCUCUACCUGCCGGCGAUCGGCGUGAUGAUCUACAAGACGGACGGCUACUCGUACUGCAACCUGGCGCAGUACAAGCAGUUCUGCCUGUACAAGGUCUACCUGACGGCCGCCGUGUUCGCCUGCCUGUGCGGCCUGGCCUACGUGCUGUCCAUCAUCUAUGGAGGCUGCAGGAAGUGCCGGGGCGAGCGGAGCGUCAUCUAGUCGGCGGAGAGUGUGGAUGUGCAGCAAAUGAGGAAUAGUUGGCUCCACUGUAACAGCGACUCGAUCAGGUCUCCCCGCGCGAGACGCUCUUCCCUGGCGGUGAAGCUGAGUCACUCUUGUUGUUGCCCUCGGUGUAUUUAAAGGUUUCUGACUUGAAAACAUCCCAGCAGCUCCCGGGAUGUCUGCCAGGAAGAAGGCGGAAUGUUCUGAUUAACUCAUUUCCAAUCAUUUAUUCUAGUGUUGCCUCAAAGUAAAUAAUAUUUCUCUAGAGCCUUAUUAUAGUGGGUAUCCAGUAAGUUUACAGUCAAAUGGGCUUAACAUGUGCAGAUUUGUGUUACUGUCCAAUGACGUUUUUUUUACAGUAUGUUUUUUAUAGUAGAAAUAUAUUUUUAUGAUCACGUGGUUUUUGUAUAACAGCAAGCUAUACUGGAGUGUGAUGCACUAAACACUCACGUGUCUGUUUGCUGCCUUCCGUCAGAAUGCUGUGUACACCUCCGCAGCGUAGACGUGACUGGUACCGCAGCGUGCGUGAGCCGAGCAGACUCCCAACGUGUAAACCAAAAAUGAGCAAUAAAAAGCAGCGAGUGCCACUCCUUUGCUUCUGA